AUGGAUCAUUACUUUUCUAUUAUCCAGAAUGUUUUAUCGCCCUCGCCUGGCCAGCUACUUAGCCUCAAACGCACUUAUCUUCGAGGAAGUUCCAGGGCUCAUGUCGCGUGGGUAACAUCCGAUCCCACAAUGAAAAUGGGAACCUCGGUUAGUUUGCUGGGAAACGACAAUCAGGGUGGUACUGAGUCGGGUAUUGACAACGCAACUGGAGGCCCUGCAGAACGGGAAGGAGGGCGAAGCGACGCCAAAGCACCAGUGCGUUUGUCGACUUACGAUCUGGCGUGUCUUCUUACCGUGGAUGGUGAAACUGGCAAGAGGACAGCCUGGCAUUACCCUGCGAAUCGCGAUGAGAACAAUGACCCAGCGUCGUGUCGUAAGAAAUGCUCAGCGAGCUCUCAAUGUUUUCUGAGUUCUGUGAUCCCGUCCGAUCGAAGGAUUACAGCGAUACUACUUGAUGCUUAUGAUAGUGUUUCCUUCGAAAAGGCUGAUAUCCCUGGUAUGAUGCCGUCGGUUUGGGUGAGCGAUGAGUUGGGGAACAUCUACAAACUUCAGUGCUCGGGCCUUGCCUCUUCGACUGAGAGUAUCAGCGCGGUGGACGGGGUUGACGCAUUGACGCCGUCGAUCUCAUCCGGGAAAAAACGAUCCCGACCAAUCGACCUUGGCAAUCACCCCGAACGACGCCCCAGGGGUCCCCGUGCGGGGGCCUUCUCUCGCUCCCCCCUCCGCGAUGAUUUGGGCCCCCUCCAAACGACAUGGGAGUCGGUCGUCCCGUCCAGGUCCGUCCUGACCUCGAUGGCCUAUCCCCCGGACGACGGGGCCGAGGGCGGGUGGGUGCGGUCGCUUUUGGGCGUCUCGCGCGGGUCUGGCGGAUGGACGGGCCUCGCCUGGGCCUCCCCCGGCCCCGGGACCCGUUUUUUAUUCUCCGCGCGCGAGGGCUUUUCGGACCUGCGUUUGGUGGACCCCACCGCGCGGACGGUGGUGAGAACCUACGGCACCACCCACGCCCCCACCGGCAUGUUCGUCCCCGGCGGAUCCCCGGCGGACGCGGCCGGCUCGGGCGCGAAUUCGAUCUUGGCGAAUACCGUUCUCAUCACAGAGGGGAGUCUCGCCACCCUCUUUGAUGUGCGCUGCCCCGGGGUGGUCAUGAACCUCACCACACCGAUGUUCGACCCCAGUUGGCAUGAAGGGCAGCCGCAAUCAGCGUCGAAGGUGGGCAACGGCGGAUGCCCUCAGGCGGACGCGGGCUCAUCGCCCUCACUGGUGGCGAGCCGCCUGAGCAAGGCCACGGGGACCAUCAGAGAUGCCUGCGGCACCGCCAACCCGUUUGAAGUCGCGCUCUGCAUUGACCGCGCGUUGUGUGUGUACGACUUUCGCAACUUCACACGUCAUCAGACCUCGUUGAAUGUGCUCAAAUACGACAUCGCGAGCAUCACGUCGCUGGCGGGUGGAUGGGCAGUCGCGUGCGCCGGCAUCGAUGCGGAGGUUCGCAUUAUUCCCCUCUCUUCAAAGCACACCUUGGCCACUGACCACCCCACGACAAACAAAACAAAGGGAGAAGACACUGAGGAUUCCCCAAAAGGAACAUUUCGGACGCGGCUUAACUCUGCCACGACGUGCGAAACGACAUGGCAGGGUGGUUGGGUGACUUCAUGUAAUCACGCCGGCGGGGCGGCUGUAGGGGUAUCCAUGAACAGUGAAGUAUUCAUCGCACAGUGA